AUGCCAAAACCAUUUGAUAACGAUCAUGCAUUGCACAAUAAUUUGUCAAGUUCUUCAACGGCAUCAUCCAUUCCAUCAUUCGCAAAUAAUCAACAAUUCGAAUUGCGUGAAGAUGAUCGUUUAAAACAAGAGGAAGAUUAUCGUCAAGAAUUGAUGAAAGUGCAAGAUGAAAUUGUUACAUUGAGACAAGUUCUCGGUGCUAAAUUAAAACGUGAACACGAAUUAAAACAAUUAUUAGGAGUUGGAUUUGUUGAUGAUCUGAAACAAGAUUUAAAUGAAACAUUAAACGAUAUUAGAUCUACACAAGCUUAUCAGAAAACAGCAGAAACAUUAAAAACAGCUUCUGAUAAAUUAACACCAACGAUACAAACUGUGAAUACAACAUUUAAAACAAAAUUAGGUUCAUUGCGAAGUAAUGCCUACUUCAAGACAUUUGAGGAUAAACUGGGUUCUGGAUUGACUGCUGUUAAAACAAAAAUGGCCCAAUCAAAAUCAGCAAUGAGUUUUAAUGACGCUGAUGGUGAACAUCUAUCGGGUGGUGUUGAUGAUGAAAUGCAUACACGUGAUGAAUCGUUGAUUUUCAAUAACACAGGUGAUUCAUUUCUGGAUAGUAGCAGCGCAAGUGGUCAUCACCCGCCUGGUUCCAGUGGAAAAUCACCAUUGCUAAAAUAG